AUGAAGAUCAAGGCUCUCAGCCGAUCGACAGCGGCUGUCCAGCCAGCCGGCUCAGAUGUGGCCAAGCAACCGAAAAACAUGGAUGCCAGCGUCCACCCUUUCGAGCGGGCCAGGGAAUACAAGCGCGCCCUCAACGCCGUGAAGAUGGAGAGGAUGUUCGCCCAGCCCUUCGUUUGCCAGCUCGGGACAGGCCAUGUGGACGGAGUCUACCAGCUCGCCAAGGAUCCGAACUCCCUCAACAUGCUAGCAAGCGGCUCAGGUGACGGCGUGGUCAAGGUUUGGGACAUGGAAAGCCGAGAGCAGCGGUGGCAUGUAAAUGCGCACGCGAACAUCGUGAAGGGCUUGACCUGGACAAAGGACCAGAAGCUCCUCACCUGCGGAACCGACCGAAAAAUCCACCUCUUCGACCCCUCCAACGCCGCCGAGUCUGCCCCUCUCACGACUUUCACUGGGACCAGCGCCUUUACUUCUCUCAGCCACCACCGGUCCAAGAACGCAUUCGCCGCUUCGUCGGGAAGCCAGAUCCAAAUAUACGACCUCGAGAAAAUAUCAGGGGCGCCUGAGGAGUAUAGCUGGCCGAACGCUACGGAUACGAUAAAUGCAGUCAAAUUCAACCAGGUGGAGCAGUCUGUUCUGGCAUCAGCUGCGUCUGACAGGUCGAUAGUGAUUUGGGACGUGCGGCUCUCCACGCCAGUGGUCAAGACUGUCUUGACAUUCGCGUCGAACGCACUUUCGUGGAACCCAAUGGAGGCAUUCAACCUUGCUGUGGCAAACGAGGACCAUAAUUGUUAUGUGUUCGAUGUGCGGAAGUUUGACAGGGCUCUCAACGUGCUGAAGGGACAUGUUGCUGCCGCGAUGGACGUGGAAUUUUCACCGACCGGUGAAGAGCUCGUGACAGCCUCGUACGAUAGAACGAUCAGAAUCUUUGCCCGUGACCAAGGACACUCACGCGACAUCUACCACACCAAGAGAAUGCAACGUGUGUUCGCUACGAAGUGGACGCCGGAUGGCAAGUAUCUGAUCUCUGGGUCGGAUGACGGAAACGUCAGGUUAUGGCGAGCGAAUGCUUCCAAGAGAGAGGGCGUCAAAUCCGCGAGGCAACGACAAGCCGAGGAAUACAAUUCCAAACUUGUGGAACGCUUUUCACACAUGCCCGAAAUUCGACGCAUCAAACGCCAUAGACAUAUACCUCAGGUUGUCAAGAAGGCUGGCGAGAUCAAGAACGAGGAGUUGAAGUCGAUCAAGAGGCGCGAGGAGAACGAGAGGAAGCACAGCAAGAAGCAAUUCGAGAAGCGCCGGAGCGAGCGGGAGAAGAUGAUCCUGGCCCGCGAGAAAUAA